GCCUGCAAACAGGACGUGGUAUACUCAGUCUUUUAGGCUUUACUGGGGACUGAGUUGCCUUAUGGCUUCUCCGAUGGUGACUUUUUCCACCGGGUCACGCUUUUCUAGUGCGCUCCUUCGCUCCUGAGACUUGUCUUCUCAAUAAAAUUCGGAGGAUUGAGCUUGAACCCGUGCUGUUUUUUUCUCUCUCCACUGUGCGUAAUUUCUAUCCAGGAUCGAAAAACGGCGAUCAUCACAACAACACGAGGACGAGGGAUCACGACAGAAAUAAGACGAAGUGGGGGAAAAUGAAAGCCGUUUGGGGUUUCUGCUUGGUCUUCCUCAUGCUGCACACUCCCGGCGUGCUGUCCUUGUCCACACAUGUAGCACUCAUCUACCCCCAGGACCCCGUCCUUCGCAUGGGGUCCAACCUGACCGCUAGUUGCUGGGUCCACCCCGACCUCGGCGUCCACGCUAGCUCUUUGUUUUGGACACUCAACGGUCAACAGCUGCCAAGCUCCCUCUACAGGGUGCUGAGCCCGACUAACCUUAGUGUGACGCUGGCUGGACUCAACGCCUCCAAGCAAACAUCUGGAGACAACCUGGUUUGUCACAACCACAAGGGACACAUCUUGGCUGGCUCCUGCCUCUACGUCGGGAUGCCUCCAGAGAAGCCGGUCAAUCUGACCUGCUGGUCCAGGAACACCAAAGACCUGACUUGCAGCUGGGUUCCAGGAGGAAAAGGAGAGACCAACAUAAGCACACAGUACACGCUCAAGUACAAACUACGGUGGUAUGGUAAGGAGAAGGAGUGUGAGGAUUACACUCAUACGCAGCCUUACUCCUGCAGCAUCACCCGGGACCUGCACCUUUUCACGCCCUAUGAGAUCUGGGUGGAGGCCUCCAACCAGCUGGGCCGGGCUACCUCUGAUGUCAUCACCCUCGACAUCCUAGACGUGGUGACCACGGACCCUCCGUCAGGUGUGACUGUGAGCCGUGUAGGGCAGUUGGAGGACCAGCUGAGUGUUCGCUGGGAAGCUCCGCCCGCUCUCAAAGACUUCCUGUUUCAGGCCAAAUACCAGAUCCGCUACAGACUGGAGGACAGUCAAGACUGGAAGGUGAUGGAUGAUGUUGGGAACCAGACUUCUUGCAGAUUGGCUGGAUUGAGACCUGGAACCGUGUAUUUUGUCCAGGUCCGCUGUAACCCUGUGGGCAUAUACGGCUCUCGCAAAGCUGGGAUCUGGAGCGAGUGGAGCCAUCCCACUGCUGCAUCCACACCCCACAGCGAGCGGCUGAUGUCAGGCUCCUGUGACUCCAAGUCCAGCGGGGACUCCAACUCCACCCUGCGCAGGGAGCUGAAGCAGUUCUUCGGCUGGGUGCGGAAACACGCCUACGGCUGCAGCAGCAUGUCCAUGAAGCUGUAUGACCAGUGGAGAGUGCUGAUGCAGAAAUCCCACAAAGCUCGCAACCAGGUAGGUUCUCCAAGGGGAUAAAUCCUAGCACAUGCUGAAUAUACAAGCAGAAAACAAAUCAAGAAAAGAACUGACUGAGUGUGUUGUGUGUUUUUGUCUUUGUAUGUGGAAGAGAGAUUGUGAACAUAUAUGGGAAUUACAAAGACAAUUUGUUUUGGACAUUUUCUUGUGGAUACCAGCAAUGGGUGUGAGAGGACAUCCAAAGAAAAGCAGGGGGACUUUCUUCCAUUAUGCAUUUUUUUCCAGCUGACAGGAGCACUGUUGUUGCCUGAGAAGGUGCAAGUGGGAAGGACUGAGAAGCUGGACUCAUCAUGGACAUCCUGGUAUCAUGUGGACGACUCUGCAUUCACAAAGGACAUUGUAGCAUGAAAAACUCGGACAUCUGUAAAGAUGUUUCACGUGGUACCUGCUCUAAAUGUGCACACGUGUGGUCAAAACAGAUUCAAACAAACCA